UAGUUUGUUUUGGUUUAAGAAAUGUGUUCUUAUUUUUGUGAUUAGGAAUAAUUAUACUUCAUUUUUCAUCUGGUAACAAGUUUUUGUACAUAUUAUAAGCUACUCUCAGUUCAGUUUCAAAAUUCAGCUUGUUCAUGUUUUAAAGCUGUAACUUAUAAACAUCUUAAUCUUGUAUACUACUAUUUUAGUAUUUACCAUUCUGUGGCAAAAUUAUUCAUAUAUUGACAAAUAAAGUAAAAACAUGGAAAUAUCAGUUAUUUUAUGAGAUGUCACUGUUAUUUAUUGUUAGAAGUGAUGUUUUGAAUUAUUUGUUAUAAUUAUUAUUCUAAAUAACAUAGUGAUGAUCUCAUUUCGUAAUUUAUUUAAAAAUUCAAAAUCUGAAAAAGAUUUUAUUACUUUGAAAGAUUUUUUAAUUACGAUGAAAGAGCAUGGAGUUAAGCAAGGAUUAAAUGAGAAAGAAAUUUUUUAUAUAAUGAAUUCAAAGAUCAAAGAGAGCUUUGCGAAGAAGAAACCUUCAGUAUGUUCCAAAGUUUUCAUGAAUUUCAAUUUUGCUUUAUUUCUGUUAAUACUUGUAACGAUUUCAAGUGUUAUUUUGAAUGGAAAGGAAUUUUCCCUCAACCGUUGCAUUGUAGAAAAUAAUUAUCUUGUAAUGGAAAUCACAAGACCUAUUACAAAUUGUGAUAUUUGUAAAAACAUAGACAGUUUUACAGUUUUAGAAGAUGUUACAAAAGAGGAAUUUUCUAAAUAUGCUUAUUUAGGACAUCCAUUAUUAGUCAGGGGUGGAUGUAGUAACUGGACAGCAUUGAAUGUUUUUGAUUAUGAUUUCUUUAAACAAUUAUAUACAUCUACUGAAGGAGCUUACAGAAGUGUAGAAGAAGAGUGUCAAUUUUUUCCUUUUCGUACAACAUUCUUGAGCCUCCAAGAAGUGUUUAAUAUGAGUGAAUCUAGAGCCAAAAUGUUGUCAAAAGAUGAAGAAACUUGGUAUAUUGGUUGGAGUAAUUGUAAUCCAGAUAUAUCCUCUGUCUUGAGACAGCACUAUUCAAAACCUUAUUUCUUACCUGAUGAUUCAGAACUCAGUGCUAUUGAUUGGAUCUUUAUGGGCUAUAAAGGUCCUGGGGCAAGUAUGCACUUAGAUUAUGUCAGAAGACCAUCCUGGCAAGCUCAAAUCAGGGGACGAAAAACAUGGUAUCUUUUGCCCCCGCCUGAAUGUGAAGAUGUUUGUACUUCUAUGAACAUAACCGUCCAUCGUGGUGAUAUUAUUCUCAUUGAUACUAAUCAAUGGUAUCAUACAACUGUGAUAGAAGGAGAUGAAAUGAGUGUUACACUUGGCUCAGAAUAUGAUUAAUUCCUAGAGAAACAAAACAGAAAAAAAAAAUGCAUGAGUUCCUAAAAUAUUUAUCUUGAAAUAUAUUUUUGAAACUAUGUGAUUUGUAAAAAAAAAAAAAAAAAAAUGUUUACAAUUGUGAUUGUUAAUUUAUUUUAAAGUAAAUUUCAAGUUUUGCUUUGUUGUAAAAAACUAAGUUUAAAUGUAUUGUUUCCUUCUUCUGCCUUUAAAUACAUAAUUGUUUUUACAAAGAACAUUUCAUUGAUUCCAAGAAUAAAAAUUGCUUGGUAAUUGAAUAUAUAUUUUGGAGAAUGUGCUUAUACAUAGCUUUUCAUCAGAUAAACAGUUUACUGUAAAUACUUCAUGUAUCUUUUUUUUAAAAACAUGUGUCUUAAUUAUAUUAAUUUGCUUUAAAAAUAAUUACAUUUUUCUCUUUCAUUUUAAAUCUGUACUCUUAUUAUUUUUUAGGUUUCUUAAAAUUAAAUUUUCCCCCAAGCAACUUAGAAAUUGUAAAUCAAUUAUUUCAUACAUUUUCACAACCAGUAAUAUUGUGUAAUGAUUUUAAAUAAUUAUGUAUUACAAUUAUUAUAUAAUUAAUGAGAUAUUGAUUAUAACAUGAAUUAUAUUAGAUUUUAUAGCAUAGCAUUGUAUGUGUUGUAGUAGUAAUGCGCCUUGUUGUAAAAGAAUUUAUAUGUAUUUGCAUGCAUUGCAUACAAAUUGUUUUUUGAAAGAUAAAGCAUUAUAUAUAUAGGUUGGAGGUUUUAUAUAGAUUUGAAACUCACUAUACUCAUUGGUUUAGGUGAUUUUUUGAAAAUUCAUUAAAAAAUGAAAAAGAAUUAUUUAGUAUUUAUAUUAAUUAUUGGUAAUAUAUUUUAAAAUUUUCCUGCAUACUGAACUGAUUUUUCAUUUUAUAUACACAUUAGUUGAGGAAUCAAGUUUGUUGUGCUGUCUCAUGUAUUUAAAUAUGGGAUUCAUUUGAGCUUUUUAAAUAUCUUGUGUGUUUUUUUAAUGGCUUUAACAACAUCAAAUAACUGACACAUAUUUCAUUUCAUUGGCGUAAUGAAUUUUUAUGUGUAACUGAAUUUUAUUAGUUUACUUUGAAAUCCAGAAAUAUUACACAAGUUGCCUGUAAUUCGAUGUAUCAUUCAUAUAUAAUUGUAUUGAAAGUAAGAAUAAUUAGUAUCAUAUUAUUUUCAUUUGAUAAAAAAGUUUAAUAUUUAUUUAGUUUCCUUCUGCUACUAAACCAUUUUGUUACUUUAAGGUAAAAUAAGUUAAGUGUGUGAUCAUUUACAUUGAUGCCAAUUCAUUUCCUACCAUUUUUUUUUUUUUUUUAAUUAUAAAGUGUUCAUUGUCAGUAGUCAUAAAUAGAACUGAAAAAGUAAUUGGAAUAUCUCAAAUUUUUAGUUUAUGUUAAAAAAUCUAAUAGUAAUUAGUCUGUGAAAUCUUUGGUUAUUAUUCAGAUGCCAAAAUAUAAGCAAAUAAAAACAGUGAAUUCCAUGUAUAUCUAUCUAUUUAGCACCAGAAUACAAGAAUGAAGUAUUUUAAAUUUUCCCCUUAUAUCUUUUACUAAGAGAUUAGGAUAGGGAUUUGUGUGACACAUACCAAUUUAGAAAAGGCAAUCUUGGAAUUUAUGUUAUAGGCAUUAGGGAUUUUUCUCCCAUCAUUCAGGGCAUGAUAACUUAAAAAUAUCAGCAAAUUUUUAGAGUGUGUGUGUUAGAAAUGAUUAAAUUAAAAGUAAAAUUUGGUUCAGGAAAUAAAAUGACAUUUUUGAAUAAAGUAAUAUAAGUUAAUUUAAGAUUAAAAAUAGGAAAUUAAUUGAGAUAUAUACAGGGCAUUUUCUUUCAUUAUUACUAAUAUGUGAAUUGUUUUUUUUUAAAUGGUAGAAAAGUUGACUGAAUUUGUUUUAUUUUAAUGUACAGGGCUUAAAAGUUUUGUGCAUUUUGUUGUUAGGAUAUUAGAUGUUUAUUAGAAAUAUUGAUAUAAAAUAAAUAGUAUUUUUGGAUUUUUAAACUAUAAGAGUAAUAACUGUAUAUUGAAACUAUAAGAAUAAUCAUUACACAUUGGAAAGAUUAACAUUAAUAGGCUUAGUUAUGGUUAUGGCUUCUAUGCUUAGGAUAUCAAAUUAGAGAUGUUAGAUUUACUUAUUUUUAAUUAGUUAUUUAUAUGCCUUUGUUAAUUCAGUAGAUGCUCUUACCUUACUGCUCUAACUUACUAUUAACUUAUUUCUUUUAUCUGUUGCACGUAAUUACCAAUAAGAGUUUUAAGGAAUAUAUAACCAUAAGAUCGCCAAAUUAAAUCUCUACUAUCCAGAAUAAUAAUUCUGAUUAACAUAACUUUUGAGUACAAAUGAUAUGAAGAAAACAUUAUUUAAUUCAUUUGUACUAAAAAAUUAUUAAUCAGAAUUAUUAGUUAAAAAAAUUAACAGAUAAAAUAUGCUCCUUAAAAAAAUAUUCUUUCACUUGUUUUUAUUAUAAAUCAACUCUUGAAUAUUGUGUUUGCAUUCUGCAGAAAAUAUUUUGCUGAAGAUGUGUAUACUUAUAUAAAUUUAUGUAAUUAUACAAUAUUAUAUAUUAAGUUCUAAUAAACAUAUUAUAAUAUCAUUCUAAAUAUUGUCUUUUAUCAUAAUGCAAGGGAAAUAACCUCUGCUAAAUUUAUUAUACAUUGAGUUUUUGUGAAUGCCUUAUUUUCCAUUUCUAAUUCUGGUUUCAGGAUACUUUAUAAAGGUGAUUUAUGUAAAGAUUUUGGACAAAUUGUACAUUUUUUCCUAUUUCAAAUUUGCAAACAUUCUUGCAUCACACUAGCAUUAUAUAACAUUUUCUUCCAAAAUAAGCUAGAAGAUAUUUCACUUUCAUCUUUUUUAAUUACAAUACUUUAUUACA